ACAAAGUAAUGGAUAGAGAGAUUAGAGAGAAUUGUCUGUGGUUUAUACAUAUGCUAAUUUUUUUCAAAAUAGAAAAUCUUGAAAGAAGAGCCACCACCUACGUAUCAUGAGAAUAAAGAGAGAGAGAGAGAGAGAGAGGAGAAAAGAACAGAGCUUCUCUUUCUCUCUCUAUGUUCACAAUAAACCCAACACAACUCUGUCACAAAGCUUCACACUCUCUUCUCCUCCCUCCCCACCUCCCAUCUCUCCCUUGUCCAUAAAAGGAACCUCACUCUCUCAGAAAGUUCCAACCUUUUAAACACACACCUCCAAAGCUAGCUUACAAAUUGUUUUUUUUUUCUUUUUCAAACUUUCGUUUUCCCUCUAUCUUCUUCAACAUGCCUUCUGAUGUCAACGAGUCGCGUCGAUUAACUAAGAUACCUCACGGAGGAGCUGCGGCGGAUCAGCAAGACCAGCUUCCUUGUCCUCGCUGUGAAUCAACCAACACCAAGUUCUGCUACUACAACAACUACAACUUCUCGCAGCCUCGCCAUUUCUGCAAAGCUUGUCGUCGUUACUGGACUCACGGUGGUACUCUCCGUGACAUUCCCGUCGGCGGCGUUUCCCGUAAAAGCUCCAAACGCUCUCGAACUUGCUCCUCCGUCGCUGUUUCCGCCGCCGUCGGAAGCCGGGAGUUCCCCUUACAAGCGACGCCUGUUCUCUUCCCUCCUCCGUCAUCUAACAACGGUGAUGUUACGGCGGCGAAGGGAAGCGCGUCGUCGGUCUACGGCGGGUUCACCUCUCUGCUCAGCUACAACGCCGCCGCAAGCAGAAAUGGGCCUGGUGGCGGGUUUAAUGGGCUGGAAGGGUUUGGACUUGGGCUUGGUCACGGGUCGUAUUUCGACAACGUCAGGUUUGGACAAGGGAUAACGGUCUGGCCGUUUUCGAGUAGCGCUACUGAUGCUACGUCAGCUGUUACAAGCCACGUGGGUCCAAUACCGGCGACGUGGCAGUUCGAAGGACCAGAGAGCAAAGUGGGGUUCGUGUCUGGAGACUACUAAUAAGCGUGAGAGACCAUAUUAUCUAUAUACCAGCUUCUUGUUCCUGGUCUCAAUGUCUCUUUUAGUUUCUACUCUUUUAGCUUUCUAUUUAGUUAUCUUAAAAGUAGUGUUAUCUGGUUACUUAGUUAGUUGUGAACGAAACUACAAACUCUAAUGUUAAUCCCAACUUUGGAAAACAGCAGUCUACUUUUUUUUUAAAGAAAUGCAUUGUCUGUGUUUA